AUGCCUUCUUCCAGUACGGCAAGCACAUUUACCAGCACUCCACCAACUACCAGCACCGCAAGCCCAUCUACCAACACGGCAAGCUUAUCUACAAGCACAUCACCAUCUACCAGCACGGUAAACGCAACCAUCAGCACGACAAGCAUGGCUACCAACAAACUUGGCCCGACUGCAAGGACAACAGGCCCAUCAGCCAGCACGGCUAGGCAAGUUGCAAGAACGGUAAGUGCAUCUACCAGCAUUUCACCAUCUAUCAGCAAGGCAAGCCUAUCUACCAUCAGGUCAAGCCAAUCCACCAGGAAGACAAAGCAAUCUACCAACAAGCCACUAAACACCAGCACCACAAGCCAAUUAACCAGCACUGCAAGCGUAACUACCAGCACGGCAAACCCAUCCAUCAGCAUAGCAAGCUCACCUACCAGCGCGAGAAGCUCAUCGACCAGCACGGGAAGUCCAUUUACCACCACAGGAAGCCCAUCUAUCAGCGGGGCAAGCCCACUUACAAAGAGGACAAGCCCAUCCACCAGCACAAAAACAACAUCCACCAGCAGGAAAAACCUAUCUACCAGUAACGCAAGCCGAUCUAUUAGCACAGGAAACCCAUCGACGAACACGGGAAGUUCCUCUGCCAGCACGGGAACAACACCCACCAGGACCACAAGCCCAUCCACCAGCACGAAAACAACAUCCACCAGCAGGACAAACCUAUCUACCAGUAACGCAAGCCGAUCUAUUAGCACAGGAAACCCAUCGACGAACACGCGAAGCCCAUCUGCCAGCACGGGAACAACACCCACCAGGACCACAACCCCAUCUACCAGCACAUCGAGAUCAUCUACCAACAGGGCAAACGCAUCUCCCAACAGGGCAAGCCCAUCUUUCAGCACGUCGAAUCCAUCUACCAGUACGGCAAAUCCAUAUACCAGUACGACAAACCCAUCUUUUAGCUCGGCAAACCCAUCCAAUAGCACUGAAAGCCCUUCUACCAGUACGACAAUCACAUUUACCAGCACUCCACCAACCACCAGCACCGCAAGCCCAUCUACCAACACGGCAAGCUUAUCUAACGGCACCCCAGCAUCUACCAGCACGCUAAAAGCAUCUAUUAGCACGGCCAGCAUGGCUAGCAACAAACUUGGCCCGACUACGAGGACAACACGCCCAUCAGCCAACACGGUAAGCCAAUUCACAAGAACGGCAAGUGCAUCUACCAGCAUUUCACCAUCUAUCAGCAAGGCAAGCCUAUCUACCAUCACGGCAAGCCAAUCCACCAGGAAGACAAACCAAUCUACCAACAAGCCACUAAACACCAGCACCGCGAACCAAUCAACCAGCACUGCAAGCGUAACUACCAGCACAGCGAACCCAUCAACCAGCACAGCAAUCUCACCUACCAGCGCAACAAGCUCAUCAACCAGCACGGGAAGUCCAUCUGCCAUCACAGCAAGACCAUCUAUUAGCAGGGCAAACCCAUCUACAAGGAGGACAAGCCCAUCUGCCAGCACGAAAACAACAUCCACCAGCAGGACAAAUCAAUCUACCAGUACCGCAAACCGAUCUAUCAGAACGGCAAACCCAUCCACAAACACGGUAAGCCCUUCUGCCAGCACGGGAACAACACCCACCAGGACCGCAAGCCCAUGGAGAUCAUCUACCAACAGGGCAAGCGCAUCUCCCAACAGGGCAAGUCCAUCUUUCAGCACGUCGAUUCCAUCUACCAGCAGGGCAAAUCCAUUUACCAGUACGACAAAUCUAUCUUUUAGCACAACAAGCUUGUCCACCAGCAAGAAAAUCCCUUCUACCAGUACGGCAAGCCCAUUUACCAGCACUCCACCAAAUACCAGCACCGCAAGCCGAUCUACCAACACGGCAAGCCUAUCUACCAGAACCUCACCAUCUACAAACACGGUAAGAGCAACUAUCAGCACGACAAGCAUGGCUACUAAAAAACUUGGUCCGACUGCAAGGAGAACAGGCUCAUCAUCCAACACGGCAAGCCAAUUUACAAGAACUUCAAGUGCAUCUAUCAGCACGUCACCAUCUAUCAACAAGGCAAGCCUAUCUACCAUCACGGCAAGCCAAUCCACCAGGAAGACAAACCAAUCUACCAACACGCCACCAUACACCAUCACCGUAAUCCCAUCCACCAGCACAGCAAGCUCACCUACCAGCGCGACAAGCCAAUCCACCAGAACGGCAAGCUCAUUUACAAGCACGGCAAGACCAUCUACCAGCAUGGCAAGCCCAUCCAUCAACACGUCGAAUCCAUCUACCAGCUCGGCAAACCCAACUACCAGCACGAUAAGAUCAUCUACCAGCUCGGCAAGCGCAUCAAUCAGCACAGCAAGCCCAUCUACCAACACGGCAAGCUUAUCUACAAACACAUCACCAUCUACCAGCACGGUAAACGCAACCAUCAGUACGGCAAGCAUGGCUACCAACAAACUUGGCCCGACUACGAGGACAACACGCCUAUCAGCCAACACGGCAAGCCAAUUUACAAGAACGGUAAGUGCAUCUACCAGCAUUUCACCAUCUAUCAGCAAGGCAAGCCUAACUACCAUCACGACAAGCCAAUCCACCAGGAAGACAAACCAAUCUACCAACAAGCCUCCAUACACCAGCACCGCAAGCCAAUCAACCAGCACUGCAAGCGUAACUACCAGCACAGCGAACCCAUUAACCAGCACAGCAAGCUCACCUACCAGCGCGAAAAGCUCAUCGACCAGCACGGGAAGUCCAUCUCUUAUCACAGGAAGCCCAUCUAUGAGCAGGGCAAACCCAAUUACAAGGAGGACAAGCCAAUCCACCAGCACGAAAACAACAUCCACCAGCAAGACAAAAAUAUCUACCAGUACCGCAAGCCGAUCUUUUAGCACUUCAAACUCAUCCACAAACACGGGAAGCCCUUCUGCCAGCACGGGAAAAACACCCACCAGGACUGCAAGCCCAUGGAGAUCAUCUACCAACAGGGCAAGCGCAUCUCCCAACAGGGCAAGCCCAUCAUUCAGCACGUCGAAGCUAUCUACCAGCAGGGUAAAACGAUUUACCAGUACGACAAACCCAUCUGUCAGCACGGCAAGCUUGUCCACCAGCAAGAAAUUCCUUUCUACCAACACGGCAAGCACAUUUACCAGCACUCCACCAAAUACCAGCACCGCAAGCCCAUCUACCAACACGGCAAGCCUAUCUACCAGAACCUCACCAUCUACAAACACGGUAAGAGCAACUAUCAGCACAGCAAGCAUGGCUACCAAAAAACUUACCCCGACUGCGAGGACAACAGGCCCAUCAGGCAGCACGGGAAACCUAUUUACCUUCACUUCAGUAUCUGGCAGCAGGGCCAGCGCAUCUCUCAGCACGGCAAAUCCAUCCACAAGCACGGCAAACCCCUCUACCAGCACAACACACCCAUCUACCACCACUGGAAGCUCAUCUAAAAGCUCGGCAAGCACAUCUACCAACAGAGCAAACUCAUCUACGCGGUCAACAGGCCCAUCAGCCAGAAUGAGAAGCCCAUCUACCACCACGUCAGUAUCUACUAGCACGGCAAGCGCAUCUCUCAGUACGGCAAACCCAUUUACCAGAUCGGCAAACCCAUCUACCAGGAAAACAAACCCAUCUACCACCAUUGGAAGCUCGUCUAAAAGCUCGGCAAGCACAGCUACCAACAGAGCUGGCUCAUCUACCCAGCCGACAGGCCAAUCAGCCAGCUUGGCAAGCCUAUCUACCAGCACGUCACUAUCUACCAGCACAACAAACGUAUCUAUUAGCACGGUAAAAACAUCUACCAGCACGGCAAACACAUCCACCAGCAUGACAAUCCUAUCCACAAGCACGGUAAGCUCAUCAACCGGCACGGGAACUUUUUUUACGAGCACAGUGCGCCCAACCACAAGCACCGUAAGUUCAACCUUUGAGCACAGCACGGCAAACACAACAAGAAGGACAACGAGCUUAACCAGCAGAAGGACAGGCAGAACCUCCAGCAUUGUAGUCCAACCCACUAGCACGGCUGGACGAAGGACUAAAUAUGCACUGGGCAUUUACACUCCGGCUAAAGGUAAGGGCAAUUUGAAAAAAGUAUUGUACUGUCAUUGUUGGUGA